CUGAAGGCUUGGUCCCAUCCCAGUGACCCCAAAGUGCUGGAGGGAGGGGGCGGGGGUGGCCCAGUGCAAAGUGCAUCCUGAAAGCCCCCCGCCUGGCGCCCCCGCGGCUGGCACUGAGGACCCUAACCAAGCCGAGACCUCGCUGCCCCGAGAGCUCCCGUGUCCUCGCCUCGGAGCUGGGAGCCUCCGGCCCGGACCGCGGCAGCCCCUCUGCUCGGAGCCCUCAGACCGGGACCCCCCCCCCCCCUCCCGCCCGUCCCCGAGCCGGGACUUCCUCCCUGCACCCCUGCCCCGAGGCUGCUCCCGCGGCCGGGACCGCCGCCUAGCGUCUGCUCGGCUGUGUGGAUGCUCGCCGGGCUGGGGCCGGGAGGCUCCGGAACCCCCUGUGUCCGGCCCUGCCCGAGGCAUUUCUUCAAUGGAGAAGUUGGUGAGUGUGGAGGAGGCUGAGAGGAGGAAGCGCCGCAGCAGCUGAGGAGACAGGUUUGCUGUUUGGCUACCGGAGUCUGCAAAAGCCCACCCACCUGGGAAGGAGCCCAGAGCUUCUAGCAGCAUCCUCCUCCUCACAGGUAAAGGAAGCUGAUCCGAUCUCUGGACGCACUCCGAGUCCCCGCCCCACGAUGCUGUAUGUGCACAAUGCUUAUUAGGCAGCGCCCUCCCAGGAAAAGGGACUUUCUUCCGGAAGUGGACUCCGCGAGGAUGUUGAACCACCACUGUCGGAGGAACCCUGAGCUCCAGGAAGAGUUGCAGAUCCAGGCUGCGGUGGCUGCCGGGGAUGUCCACACCGUCCGGAAGAUGCUAGAACAGGGCUAUUCUCCGAAUGGCCGGGACGCGAAUGGCUGGACCCUGCUCCACUUCUCAGCAGCCAGAGGGAAGGAAAGAUGUGUCCGGGUCUUUCUAGAACACGGAGCUGAUCCCACGGUCAAGGACUUGAUCGGCGGCUUCACGGCGCUGCACUACGCCGCCAUGCACGGCCGGGCCCGCAUCGCGCGCCUGAUGCUGGAGUCCGAGUACCGGAGCGACAUCAUCAACGCCAAGAGCAACGACGGCUGGACUCCCCUGCACGUGGCCGCCCACUACGGCCGGGACUCGUUCGUCCGCCUCCUGCUGGAGUUCAAGGCCGAGGUGGACCCGCUCAGCGACAAGGGCACCACGCCACUGCAGCUGGCCAUCAUCCGGGAGCGCUCGAGCUGCGUGAAGAUCCUGCUGGACCACAGCGCCAACAUCGACAUCCAGAACGGCUUCCUGCUGCGCUACGCCGUCAUCAAGAGCAACCACUCGUACUGCCGCAUGUUCCUGCAGCGCGGGGCCGACACGAACCUGGGCCGCCUGGAGGACGGCCAGACGCCCCUGCACCUGUCCGCCCUCCGCGACGACGCGCUGUGCGCGCGGAUGUUGUACAGUUACGGGGCGGACACGAACACGAGGAACUACGAGGGGCAGACCCCGCUGGCGGUUUCGCUCAGCAUCUCCGGCAGCGGGCGGCCGUGUUUGGAUUUCUUGCAGGAAGUCACACGGCAGCCCCGCAACUUGCAGGACCUGUGCCGAAUCAAAAUCCGGCAGUGUAUAGGCCUUCAGAACCUAAAGCUACUUGACGACCUGCCCAUUGCCAAGGUCAUAAAAGACUACUUAAAACACAAAUUCGAUGGCAUCUGACAGACGCGGGCCCGGGCGCGGGGUCGGGCGCUCUGUUCCGGAUUCUCCUGAGGCCGUGGGCCUUGCACAAAGUAUAUCCUAUGCAAUUUCUGAUCCGCCGAGAAGUCAGAAAGCAGGUGUACACUUUUAGAUGUUUUUUUUUGUUUGUUUGUUCGUUUGUUUUCUUUUUCCGUUCGUUUGUUCGGUUGGUUUUCGUUGUACGGGAGGGGUUGUUGGUUUUUAUAUAUAUAUAUAUAUAUCUAUCUAUAAACACACCACAUGCUUGAAGGUCUUAAUUUGGUUUCCUGGUCCAGGUUGGAGAGGUCCAAGCCUUCUCUCCGAUGCCGCGUUCACAGAAACGCGCGGCGUCGCUCUUGUUUUCCCGAAACGACGCGGGCCGGUUUGGUGCGGAGAGUCCGCCCCUUUGCCGAUGUUAUGGGUUCACGGGCUUUUGUGCGUGUGACGAACCAGCAGGGCACAUGUUAACGGUGGGAGUCCCCGGCCCACCCAAGAGGGGGGUUCUGGGUUCUACUGGAAAAUGCACCCCUUCCCCUCCCCCAUGAAAUUUUGUAAGUACUCCUGUCCUCUCGUUGUUUUUUUUUAAUGAAUACAGAUCGGCUGUUUGAAACGGUUCCUUUCCUACUUCCUGUUGCUUUGGGUGGGGGGCCGGGGUGGGGAGAACCCCAGUACCUCUCUUUCCCCGGUGGGCGCGCUCUCGUUUUUAACUUAUUUGUGUUUUAACCACCGCAGGGCACUGCCCGGAGACGGGGCCUCCGCGGGUCCCUGUGGGAAUAGUGCUUUAAAAAAAAAAAAAAAAACUAACGAGAGAGAGCAUCGCUUUCUAAGGCCACCGUCUCCUGUUUUUCGGAAGCGCCUCCAGUGCAAUACUUCCUCGGGGUGUCUUCUAGCCAUAAUCUCGCUUUCGACGUUCCUCGUGCCACGGCCGCCGGGCCACGCCGGGCCCGUGGGCGCAGGCACCGCCGGUUUCGGGUGAAUCGCAGCCCCGGGGCCCGCCGGGUCGCAGUUCCCGUGCGGUUUUGUUUCAGAGCUUCGUUUCGUCCUCGCCUCCACUCGGAUGGAGCCGACAACGUCCUAUCCGGGUGGGAGAGCGCGCCCUCAGAAUAGCCCCAAAUGGCAUGAAACCCUGCGGCUGUGACGGUGAACUCCUUCCAGGCGGUGCCAUGGUGUUGUUUGUGAUGUGUGGGGGGUUUUUGGUUGUUUUUUGCUCCCCGGUUAAGCCAGAUCUCGGAAAGGUGACAUUCCCAAUGGAUGCGCGUUGGUAAAUCUGGUGAAACCCCUGAUGCGCUCAUGAGACCUUUCCCGCCCGCCAGAGGGUCAU